AUGGUCCAUCAACAACUGGAAACGAUGAAUGGAGGAGCACUUAGUCCAGCCUCCUCGACCGAUAGCAAUGGAUUCCCAGUAAAAGACAGCGACGCCAUCAAGCUCUUCGUUGGCCAAGUAAGCAAGCUCCAAACGCAAUGUCUCGCACGAUCUCAGUCAAAUGCAAGAUUCAUGCCUAAAAAAUCAAUGAUUUGGAAACGAGACAUGAAUAUUCCUCGCAAUCUUGAAGAAAAGGAUCUUCGUCAUUUGUUUGAAUCGUUUGGUAAAAUUUACGAGUUCACCAUUCUCAAAGACAAAUAUACAGGCCUGCAUAAAGGCUGUGCAUUUCUGACGUACUGUCAUCGCGAUAGCGCAAUAAGAUGUCAGUCGGCUCUUCACGAUCAGAAGACACUUCCCGGUAUGAAUCGGGCAAUGCAAGUGAAGCCCGCUGAUAGUGAAAGUCGUCCAAGUUCGCCAAAAAAUGCCGAGGAACGGAAGUUGUUCGUCGGAAUGUUAUCAAAACAACAGAACGAAGACGACGUUCGAGCCCUGUUUGCACCUUUCGGAGCGAUCGAUGAGGUUACUGUAUUACGUGGUGCUGACGGUCUUUCAAAGGGAUGCGCUUUUGUGAAAUUCGCAGCACAUUCACAAGCUGCGAUGGCAAUCAAUGCGUUGCACGGUAGUCAAACAAUGCCAGGCGCAUCUUCUUCAUUGGUCGUCAAAUUCGCAGAUACGGAAAAAGAACGUCAGCUACGGCGAAUGCAGCAAAUGGCUGCUCAGAUGGGCCUUUUGAAUCCCGUUCUCAUCAAUCAGGCUGGUAUUUACAAUGCUGCCUAUCAACAGUUGAUGCAACAACAAGCCACUCUUGCUGCAGCACAAUCAACCACCACUGCUGCAUAUUUUCCGGUAGCCGUUGCACCGCAUUCAGCGGUACUGUUUUCAGCAUUUCAUUUAAUUUGGUUUCAGCUGAGCGGUCUCACUGCUGCAAACGCAGCAGCAAAUGCGGCAGCGUUUGUGAGUCCGCCUUCGUUACAACCGCUCUCGGCAUUAUCUUUACCUGCACAAUCGACUUCGUUACAGGCACUUUCUGCCUUAGCGCAAUCCUAUACACCGAACGAAUACGCGAAUGGUGUUGCACAGUACACACCACCCACAACGGUUUCAACGGCAGGUGAAACGAGUGCUUAUGCACUACCGACGGCUACAUAUAAUCAGCUCGUUAAUUUUGAACAGCAAACAAAUCCCUAUAAUCAAGCUUUGCAACAAGCGAUUGUUUUACAGCAAGCAGCUGCUCUCUUUCCCGGAACUCAAAAAGAAGUUCUUGGACCAGAAGGCUGUAAUUUGUUCAUCUAUCAUUUGCCGCAAGAGUUUGGUGAUACCGAACUUAUGCAGAUGUUCAUGCCAUUCGGUCAUGUUAUUAGUGCUAAAGUGUUCAUCGAUCGUGCAACGAAUCAGAGCAAAUGUUUCGGCUUCAUCUCGUACGACAAUACAGCUUCUGCGAUGGCAGCAAUUCAAGCGAUGAAUGGCUUCCAGAUUGGCAUGAAACGCCUGAAAGUGCAACUGAAACGUCCGCGAGAUAAACCGUAUUGA